ACUGCACUGUUGUUUGUUCAAGGCCUGAAACAGAGAGACGCAGCACUUCCUGCCUGGCUUCCUGCGUGAACCUGAAACCUCUGCGUCGAGGUGCACCCUCUGUCACCGCUGCACCUCCUCACCUGGACGUCUUUCAUCCAGUUUGAAACCUCGUCCUCUGUGUGGGUCAGGGCUGGUGCCUGGAGUGGAGCAGAGCGGAGGACCCAGACCGACCACGGCCUGGAUUUCCCUGACAUUUGCAGCAGUUUUCUUUCUCUUCUGAGCCUCAUGUGUGACCAGGACUUAAAGGACACAGAAAAUCACAUUAUUGUCAGAGGUUUACACAGGCUGUUUCUCCGAGUGUGAGAUAUGGACAACCGGAGCUGAAGAUGGGAUCACUAGUGUCGUACGUGGGCCGGCUGUUUGGACACGAGUCUCAGGAAGAGACCGAGAGACACUUGAGAGCUAACGACAGACCUUUCAACCUGUCCUACCGCUAUGCAAACAAUGCCAUCAAGACGUCCAAAUACAACCUCUUCACGUUCCUGCCUCUGAACCUCUUUGAGCAGUUCAGCAGACUCGCCAAUGCCUACUUCCUCUUCCUCAUGGUGCUACAGGUUAUCCCACAAGUCUCCUCUCUGUCCUGGUUCACCACGGCCGUCCCUCUCAUCCUCGUGUUGUCCAUGACAGCAGUCAAAGACGCCGCCGACGACAUUAACAGACACAGAUGUGACAAGCAGGUGAACAACCGUCUCGUGGACGUCCUCAUCGACGGAGAACUGAAGACUGAGAAAUGGAUGAACGUUCAGGUGGGAGACAUCAUCAAACUGGAGAAUGAUCAGUUUGUGACAGCAGAUCUGCUGCUGUUGUCCAGCAGUGAACCUCUCAAUCUGGUGUACGUAGAAACAGCGGAAUUAGACGGUGAAACCAAUCUGAAGGUGAAGCAGGCCCUGACUGUCACUGGAGAGAUGGGAGACAACAUUGAUACACUGGCUCCAUUCAACGGUGAGGUGCGGUGUGAGCCUCCCAACAACCGUCUGGACAAGUUCAAAGGUACGCUGACUCUGGAUGGACAGGUCUACGCCCUGGACAACGACAAGGUGCUGCUCAGAGGAUGCACGCUGAGGAACACGGAGUGGUGCUUCGGUCUGGUGAUCUUUGGAGGUCCUGACACCAAACUGAUGCAGAACAGCGGGAAGACGACGUUCAAACGGACGAGCAUUGACCACCUGAUGAACGUGCUGGUGUUGUGUAUCUUUGGUUUCCUUGUGUCCAUGUGCACGUUCAUGGCCGUCGCUAAUUCUCUGUGGGAGACGAGUGACGGUGAGGUGUUCACCGCCUUCCUCCCCCGUGAAGACGGAAUCAACGCUCCGCUCUCCUCCUUCCUCAGCUUCUGGUCGUACGUCAUCGUGCUCAACACAGUGGUGCCCAUUUCCCUCUACGUCAGCGUGGAGAUCAUCCGCCUGGGAAACAGCUUCUUCAUCGACUGGGACAGGAAGAUGUAUUACCCCAAGAGCGACACUCCAGCCCAGGCGAGGACCACGACGCUCAAUGAGGAGCUCGGACAGAUCAAGUACAUCUUCAGCGACAAGACCGGCACGCUGACGCAGAACAUCAUGACCUUCAACAAGUGCUCCAUCAAUGGGAAAUGUUAUGGGGAGCUGUUUGACUUUUCUGGACAUCGGGUGGAAAUAACAGAGAAGACAGAGAAAGUGGACUUCUCCUGGAACCGGCUCGCCGACCUCAAGUUCUCCUUCCAUGACCACAGCCUGGUGGAGACGGUGAGGGAGGGAAAUGCCGCGGCUCAGGCCUUUUUCCGCCUGCUGGCUCUGUGCCACACCGUCAUGCCCGAGGAAAAGAAAGAGGGUGAGCUCAACUAUCAAGCACAGUCUCCUGACGAGGGCGCUCUAGUCACCGCGGCGAGAAACUUCGGGUUUGUGUUCCGCUCACGUACACCAGAAACCAUCACGGUCGUAGAGAUGGACAAACAAGUCGUCUACGAACUUCUGGCUGUUCUUGACUUCAACAACGUGCGAAAGAGGAUGUCGGUCAUCGUGCGGAGCCCUGAGGGCAAGUUGACUCUCUACUGCAAAGGAGCGGACACCAUCAUCUACGAAAGGCUGGACCCGUCCUGUAACAAACUGAUGAACGUCACGACAGGACACCUCAACGAAUACGCAGGCGAUGGCCUCCGCACAUUGGUUCUGGCUUACAAGGACUUGGACGAGGACUACAUGGAGGACUGGAAAAAGCGGCACUAUGAGGCCUGUAUCGCCAUGGAUGACCGAGAAGAAAGACUUGAUGAACUUUAUGAAGAGAUAGAGAAAGACCUUCAGCUCCUGGGAGCGACGGCCGUGGAGGACAAGCUGCAGGACGGCGUGCCACAGACCAUAGAGCAACUGGCUAAAGCUGACAUCAAAAUCUGGGUGUUGACUGGAGACAAGCAAGAGACGGCGGAGAACAUCGGCUACUCCUGCAACAUGCUGAGGGAGGAGAUGAAGGGGAUUUUCAUUGUUAACGCUAACACAGCUGAAGGAGUCAAAGAGGAGCUAGAGAACGCGAGAAGGACAAUGUGUCCGGACUCGCCGGUGGAGCCUAAUGUGAUCAGAAGUCGUGCAGGGCUGUUUUGGACUCAGAAAACUGUGAAUGUGCCGGAUGAGAAGGUGGAUGGAGAUUAUGGCCUAGUUAUUAAUGGACACAGUCUGGCUUUUGCGCUGGAGAAGAACCUGCAGCUGGAGCUGCUGAGGACGGCGUGCAUGUGUCAGACGGUGAUUUGCUGCAGGGUCACUCCUCUGCAGAAGGCCCAGGUGGUUCAACUGGUCAAGAAAUACAAGCAGGCUGUCACUCUCGCCAUCGGGGACGGAGCCAACGAUGUCAGCAUGAUCAAGGCUGCUCACAUCGGUGUGGGCAUCAGCGGGCAGGAGGGCAUGCAGGCCGUCCUCUCCAGUGACUUCUCUUUUGCCCAGUUCCGGUACCUCCAGCGCCUCCUGCUGGUUCACGGUCGCUGGUCCUACCUACGCAUGUGCAAGUUCCUACGAUAUUUCUUUUACAAGAACUUCACCUUUACCUUGGUGCACUUCUGGUAUGCCUUCUUCUGCGGCUUUUCUGCACAGACUGUGUAUGACGAGUGGUUCAUCACCUUGUACAACCUUAUUUACACGGCUCUGCCCAUCCUUGGUAUGGGUAUCUUUGACCAGGACGUGAACGACCGAUGGAGUUUCCAGUAUCCUCAGCUCUACUCUCCAGGCCAGCUAAACCUCUACUUCAGUAAGAAAGCUUUUGUUCGCUGUGUGAUGCACAGCUGCUACAGCUCCCUCAUCCUCUUCUUCAUCCCGUGGGCCGCCAUACAGGACACGGUCCGUGACGACGGCAAGGACAUUGCUGACUAUCAGUCAUUCGCUCUGCUGGCGCAGACUUGUCUGCUUGUUGUGGUGAACAUACAGAUAUGUCUGGACACCCACUACUGGACAGCAGUGAAUCAGUUCUUUGUGUGGGGCAGCCUGGCAGCCUACUUCGCCGUCACAUUCACCAUGUACAGCAAUGGCAUGUUCUUCAUCUUCACCUCCUCCUUCCCGUUCAUAGGCACCGCAAGAAAUUCUCUGAGCCAACCUAACAUGUGGCUGACCAUAUUCCUGACUGCCCUCCUCUGCACUCUGCCUGUGGUGGCGUUCCGCUUCAUCCUCAUUCAGCUUCGACCCACCAUCAAUGACAAGGUGAGGAGUAAAUUUAGAAAGGAGGUGUUGCCAGCUGCAAAGCCUCGACGUCCACCCAUGAGGCGAAUCAGCACCCGCUCCGGAUACGCUUUCUCCCACUCACAGGGCUACGGUGACCUGGUGACAUCGAAAAGGUUCCUGCUGACACGACCGCUGAAGAGUCGCCCGAUCCUGUUUGUGAAGACAGACUCUGCUCUGGCCGAGAAUCGUCCUCAGCACUACCGCACCAUCAGGGAGGAGCAGGAGGAGGUGCACAGAGGUCCUUAGAUGAACUCAAGUACAUACUGAGUUUUUAUUUUGGUAACGCACACCAAUGUGAGGAUGCACAGGGUAAAUAUCACUUCCUGGAUCGUUUCCAGGUCAAACUUUAUGUUAAACUGAGUUUGUUCCCAGGAUAACACUUUACGUAACAGCUUAGUAUUAACAAUGGUAAUAAGGAGAUAAUAUUACAGUAAUACUUCUAAAGUAAUAUUCAGGUAAUGAGAAUUAUGAUAUUUUCAAUUCAAUUCAAUUUUAUUUGUAUAGCGCCAAAUCAUAACAUACAUUAUCUCAAGGCACUGUACAUAGA